GCAGCUCACAGGCGAGAUCCCUUUCCUGCGGGUUUCCCUCCCCCCUCCCAUUCUGCAACAACCCAGCUGCCUUUUGGGGGGUGGGUCAACAGGUGAGUCACCUCAGCAGCAAAAAGCGGAAGGGGAAAAAGUUUGCCAGCUCCGGCGCUCCCAGUGCGCGCUCUCUCUGUGGGCUGCAUAUAAAUAGAGGCGGCCAGUGGAGUGGCGAGAGAAUAGCACAUGAUGGAAAGUCGGGAAGAACGGCCUGGGAAUGUAAAGUGGGCGCAGUAAAUCCUGUCGUGGGGCACAGUCAGAUGAUCUGCAGGGCUGCCUUGGGGCUCUCCAGACCUCCUCUUUCAACACAUUGAGAGGCGUGUCAAAGUUCAAGAGAAGCAAGAGAGGAUUACAGAGCAGUCCCUCUGCCAGCACCAUCCAGCAAGAAGUCCAAAUGGCCAAGAAUCCCAAGAAGAGCUGGAAGGAAAAAUUUGUCCUGAAGAACAGCCUGGUGAAGGAAGCCCUCGCCGAGUUCCUGGGAACCUUCAUUAUGGUAACCCUGGGAUGUGGGUGCGUGGCCCAGACGGUGCUGAGCAAAGGAGUCCUGGGAGGAGCACACAUGAUCUCUGUGGGUUUUGCCAUGGCUGUCACCAUUGCCAUCUAUGUCUCAGGAGGCGUUUCUGGUGGCCACAUCAACCCGGCCGUUUCCUUCGCCAUGUGCCUGAUUGGAAAGUUGCCAUGGGCUAAGUUUCCCGUAUACGUGUUUGCACAGUUUCUUGGAGCUUUCUUUGGUGCAGCCGCGGUCUUUGGAAUCAACUACGAUGCACUGAUGUAUUACACCGAGGGGAACUUCACCGUCACCGGGCCCCGCAGCACUGCCCAUAUCUUUGCAACGUACCCAACGGAGUAUCUGUCCAUGACCAACGGGUUUGCCGAUCAGGUGAUGUCCACUGCGUUCCUCCUCCUGGGCGUCUUUGCCGUCUUUGACCCAGACAACCUGGGCAUCCCCAAGGGGCUGGAGCCCAUCGGUGUGGGCUUACUCAUCAUUCUACUGACCUCCUCCUUGGCUAUGAACAGCGGCUGCGCCAUGAACCCGGCGAGAGACCUCAGCCCCCGCCUCUUCACCUUCCUGGCGGGAUGGGGGGGAGAAGUCUUCACGGCUGGCAACCACUGGUGGUGGGUCCCGAUCGUUGGCCCCAUGGUUGGGGCUGGUUUGGGGGCAGCUGUCUACGUGCUCUUUAUUUCACUGCACCAUACACAGCCACAACUACCACAGAGUAAUGCAGCUCGUGAGAAAUACGAACUCACCAGCAUGUAGGGACGGACAUUUUCCCUCAGUUCUGUUCCCUGCUCAGCCUAGAAUCGCAUACUGCCCUGUGGCCCAUUUCUUCUCAUUUCCAGUUCAAUUAAGAGAAUUUCUAAAGUACCUCUGGCACUGGAACAUGUGAAGUCUGGCGCAUUCCUUUGUGGCCUUUUCCCAGGUUGUUACUGAUGUGCACACAUUGAUAAAGCACCUCACACACACUCAGUCUAUAUGAUUGCACUCUUUUUGUGCCAUGCUUUGCCAAUCCAUGCUUGUGCAUCAGUGAAAGACCACACAAAAGGAUGGACCCACAACAUAGGGAUAUGACUAGACUGCUUUUUUGUGGCGCGUUUUUCAAUGUGUACAUUGCUUAUGAGAAGGGGGAAUGGACAUGAAGGGACUGCUGAUCACAGAUGCACAGACCUCUGGCCAAAUCUUGGAAAUAAACAGAACUCCGGAUUU